AUGAAGUUCUCUGCUGAUGUUAGCUCCUCUCGUAGAAAGAGCAGAAAGGCUCACUUUGCUGCCACCUCUGAUGUUCGUCGUAAGAUCAUGAGCGCUCCUUUGUCCAAGGAACUCCGUGAGAAGCACAGCGUUCGUUCCAUUCCUGUCCGUAAGGAUGAUGAAGUUAUGGUUGUCCGUGGUACUUACAAGGGUCGUGAGGGUAAGAUUGUCCAAGUCUACCGUAAGAAGUGGGUUAUCCACAUUGACCGUGUCUCCCGCGAGAAGGUCAACGGUGCCACUGCCCCCAUUGGUAUCUCUCCCUCCAAGGUUGUUGUCACUAACCUCAAGUUGGACAAGUCUCGUCUUGCCAUUCUCGAGCGCAAGGGUAAGAAGGAUGCUAUGAAGCAGUAA